AUGCAUUUUUUGUCUUUAUUUUUGGUUUUAAAUACAGCCUUUUGUUUUCCUUUACAAAUUCGUACCAACCUGUUCAAUGCAGGUGAUGCCUACAAGUCUGUUCUUAACUCGACAUGGGAUUUAUUUUGGAAUGAAGACCAUCAAGCGUUCAACUUGAAUGAUCCCAAUUGUAAUUCAAAUUUUAGUAAUACUGCUGUUUGGGAUUUGGCAGUUGUUGGAAAGGCAUUUUUUGACUCGGGGGAUGCUAAUACGACGCAAAAGAUUUUAACUGAAUUAUACAAGUACCAAAGCCCAAGUGGAUGGUUCAAUGCUCAACUAAAUCAAGGAGAAUCAUAUACUGAUGAUAAUGCGCAGAUUGUAUGGGCUUUGUUGGCGGCAUAUGAUGUGACAAAAGACGACAAAUAUUUAACGUCGGCAGAACAUUUGGUAGAUUUGAUCCAAGGACAGUGGUCAAGUAUAGGUGGCAUUAUAUGGCAGACAGGAAAAACGUAUGUGGCAUCAAUAUCGACUACCGAGGCAGCUUUAGCUGCUGUUCGUUUAUACAAAUACAACCAGGAUCAGAAAUUGCUCGAUUUUGCCGAACAGUGCCUCGCAUGGAUGGAAGCAAAGCUAACAAAUCCGCUGGAUGGGUUCUACUACGACGGAUUAGAUGAAAACAGUGGCAAUAUUAACAAGGGAAAAUUGUCGUAUACAGUGGGUACUGCUAUUUCUUCUUAUGCAUAUUUGCACAAGUUUACAAAUAACGACACUUACUUAGACUUGGCUAAUAAAAAGGCUACCGCCGCUCUUGCAACUAAUUCGUCAAACAUAUUUAUGAACUCCGAUGGUGGUUGGAACAACAGUCUAAAGUAUGUUCAUUUGUUAUUUGCCGGAAUCGCUGACUUGAUUGAGAUUGGCAGCCAGUCACAAUAUAGUCAGAAGUUGGUGGACCAGGGCAAUUUUGUUUACCAAUUUGACCAAUUAAGCGAGGGGGACUAUGCCGACUAUAACAGUGUCAAGACAUUGGCGGAUCAUUACACGCUGGUUACAGGAAAAUCUAGCGGUUACUCUUACAGUGCUAGCGUUUACUGCAACGGUACUGAAUCGGAGCCCCAAAGGUCUGUUUUGAAUCAAGGCUCUGCUGCACAAGUUUUCUACCAAGUAAAUCGGAUAAGCUCGUAG